AUGUUGUACUUCGAUGAACCGGACGGAGCGGGACAUAGCUAUGGUCCUGAUGAUCCUAGGGUUACAAAGGCGGUUGCGAGGAUCGAUAAAAUGAUCGGUAGGAUCAUUCAGGGGCUGAAGAAGAGGGAGAUCUUCGACGAGGUUCAUGUGAUCUUGCUUGCUGAUCACGGAAUGGUGACUAACUGUGACCUAAAAACAAUUUACAUUGAGGAUUUAGCAGAUUGGGUCAAGAUACCCGCGGAUUGGAUCAAUGCUUAUAGCCCGGUGCUAGCGAUGAACCCACGCUGGGGAAAAGAUGUGGAGAAUCCAGGGGAGAAGAAUGCAGAACUCGUGGCGAAGAUGAACGAAGCUUUGAGCUCAGGGAAGGUAGAGAACGGAGAGUAUUUGCAGGUUUACUUGAAGGAGAAGCUACCGAAAAGGCUGCAUUAUUCCGAGAGUUCUAGGAUUCCACCCAUCAUAGGAAUGGUUGGAGAAGGUCUCGUAGUUAGACAGAACAGAACAGGCGUUCAUGAAUGUUACGGAGAUCAUGGAUACGACAACCAAUACUUCUCAAUGAGGUCUAUCUUUAUGGGACAUGGUCCUAGGUUUAGGAAAGGGAGGAAAGUGCCGUCGUUUGAGAAUGUUCAGAUCUAUAAUGUUGUUGCUGAGAUUCUUGGACUCCGACCAGCUUCGAACAACGGUUCUUCUUUGUUCACUAGAAACAUUCUCUCGCCCUUUGGAGGAACUGUGGAGGUUGAAUGA